GCUUAUCAUAUACUAUACUCUGCUUUGCCUUGCAUAAGUACCUGAUAUAACCAGGUAGGUAGGUAAGUAGUCUUUUUUCUUUCCGAUAUGGCGUCCUGCGCGACUGGCGCCUUGCUGUUGCCCUUCGCCCAGCCUCUCCACCCGACGCUCAGGGACGCCGAGGAGGUGCGCGCCAUCCUCGAGCGCAAAGUGCCGCCCGAGCUCGCCGUCCAGAUCGUCUCCCUGGGGUACAGUCCGUGGGUGGCCAAGCGCAGGGCCGACGAGUGCAUCUUCUACCCGGACUACAGCAGUCCGGACGAGAACCACUGCGUGGCGGUUCUGCAUCUCGCUAGCGAGCGCGUUCCCGAUGACGACGGCGACGACGGCAACGACGAUAACGGACGCAGGAGGGUCGUCCCGCGGCGCGUGAUAUUCCAGACGAGCGCGGCGUAUGGGGGGUGGGUCAGCGAUCGUAGUAGUUACUUCGCGAAGGAGGAGGACGCGUUUAGGAACAGCCACGCGCGGUUCGACGCCAGCAUCCUGCGUCCCUUAUCACCAUCACCAUCAUCAUCAUCAUCAUCAUCAUCAUCGCGUGGAGCGGAAAGACAAGGCACAGGCCAGGACAUGCUGCCGCCGCUCGAAAUCGCCGUAUCAGAUUGUUGGUGGGAGCCCAGGGCCGCGGCGGACGCGUUGAGGGAGAAAGGGUGGGAGUUCGUAGAGGCGGAGGACGGGCGCAUAGAAUGGAGGGUGUGCAAUAAUAGCGAGGCGCAUAGGGAGUGGCAGGACUACAAGGUCGAGUGGACGAGGGGCCUCCGGGCAGAUUCGAAGGACGAUGAUCGGGUCGGGAAAGGCGCAGGGUUCGUGGAGCUUUUGAAACCUGGAUAUAUCGUUGUGCUAUGGGCUAGGACAGGGUUAAGGUCCUGGUGUAGUAAGGUUCGAGCUGCGACUAUUGAGAUUGAGUAUGAGUUGCCGUAAAGGACGUGUGGGCUCAAUACCUAGUCCUGUGGGAUAUGUUAAGGGUACCUACCUCCUAAGUGAGCUUGUGGAUAUUGCCAUUUCACAAUAUCUUUUGGGGGAUAUUCAUGUCAUCGGCGACCUCAGAUGGUGAUAUAAUGUACAUACUGUAUAAGUUCAUACACGUACUAUUGGGGCUUUAAUCUGGGAAAAGUCGUAUACUGGG